GUCUUUCGAAUUGGAGACGGGGCUGUCCCCCUCCCGCCUCGGGCUCCCGCGGACGCGGCCGGGGACGGAGCCAGGGUACGAGUGUCUAGAAUGCCCAAGUAUGCACAGCAGCUUAGAGAUCAUGACAGAAAUCCUUGCAUAGCGGAGACAGAUGCCUCUAGAAAAUGUAUGGAUGACAACAACUAUAAAAAGGAUAUGUGUACUGAUUAUUUUUUGAAGUACAAAAACUGCAGAAAAUUCUGGCAUGACAUUAUGAUGCAAAGGAAAAGAAAUGGUGUGAAACCGGAGAUGCCCUCAGCAGAGGAGAGAAAGAAAAUCUUGGAAUCAGUAGAGAAGCCGUACUGACUACAAACUUGCAUUGUUUUACUGUUUUCACUGUACAUACGAAGACUUGUCAGCAGCAGGUUGCCCUCUUGUAAACUGGACUUCACUGUUGCCAUAUCUUGGAUUAAACUUAGCAUUCAUGCUGCUGGGAGAGAGAAACGGAACCCCCUGUUCAGUCAGGGAUUGAUGCCUCUGACAUGGGCAGCUUGCAGGUGUUCUUCUGUGAGCCUUUAGAAGGACACUCAACAUGUGGCAUUGCAAGAACAGUUUCAGCAAACUUUAGGGAGUUGUAACACAGAAGAUUUCAACUUGAUGCCUUACUCUCAUCCUGCUACAGGCUGACUCAGUGCCAGAGCAGAGAAAUCACAUUAUAUCCUGAAGGAAGUAAUUCAAGCGCCUCACCUGGCAAUUCUGCUGAGAUUUGUUCCUUCUGGAUACACAGCCUUUACUUGGAACUGUCGGCUCUCGCCCAAAUUGUUAGUUAGGAGCUUCCCAAAACACAGAUACAGAUACUAUGGGUUCUUGCACUUUCCCACUUGAUGCCUAUUUAGGCCUGAGCUCACCCCCGGACUUUGGAGCCCAGCAGCUCAUGGCUCCAGUUACUUGUAUACAGAAGCAGUGCUGCCAUACAGCUUCAGAACUGAAGCUAGCUUUCACACCACCACUGGUCUUCUAAUGAAGAGAAGGAAAAGGAGGUUACGUGCUGGUAACAUAAGCUGCCUGUGUCCAAACAAUCCAGGAAUUUAUCUCCACCAUUGCACAGGACAGCAGCUACUUAAUAGCACUGUGGUAUUUCAGAUAUUUCAAGACUCUUUGUGCUGUUUUCCACAGGUUCCGUUUCUUCUGACUGCCACUGUUAUGCACUUGUAUGUAUUACAGUGCAGCUUCUCCACUAGCAGUACCUCCACUUGUAUGCCACAAGAGCUUUCCUGUUAAACCAAACCUCCCUGCACCCUUCCUGAAGAGCAAAGUUCUCAGCACAUCAGGGUUAGAAUGGGCAAACAAUCACUUUUCAUUAGAAAUAUCCCACAUGUGCAUAAGCAGUGAGAAAGACAGCUUAUAAAAUUAUUUUCCAUGUUACAACCUUCUCCCUUAUUCAUAUAUCUUGACUGCUUCAAGCAACUUCAUAGAUCAGGAAUUUAGCAGUUUUUCUCUUACCAAAUGAAGGCUUUUAUUUUAUUAUUAUUAUUAUUUUUAAAUUUGUGUAUCUACAGUUUAGGUGGGCGAGUGAAAAACAUAUGCUGCCACAGAAUGCAAAAACCUCAGGAGCCUUCUGGGGCAGCACACGACAAGCAGUUUGUUUCUGGUAUAUUUGCUUUGAUUGUAACACUGAGCCAGAAACCUUUUGAAAUGGUUCCAGAAAAUCAGUUGGCUAAAAAAUAAUUUAGCUCAGUAAGUGGAAGCGUAGCUCUCAUUUUAGCUCCAGAAUGAGAAUAGACUAAUCUGACAGUACAGCUACAGGCCAGCUGAUACCAUCGAGAUUUUGUACCAGUUUUCAUAGAAGGAGAAUUAAAAUGUUUAGCGCAGUAUUUCAAGCAUAGUUCAUUCAUCUCUGCUAUCCAGGAAACAGGAGACAAGUUCCCUAUUUUUGUUUAAUUUGUAGCUUCCAGAUCAAGUGCUUAAACACUGCCGGCGAGUAGCUUAGGGAAAGCACCUUCUUCUUAUGCCCCUUGGCCAUCUUGUUCCAGAUCAUAGGAAACUCAUUUCUCAAAGAGCUGUAUUUGCGUAGCAUAGGACAUCAACUGUACAGAGCGCGGGGAGACCACACAGAACAGCUUGUGUAAGAGUAAGGGUUUGAACCUAAUGCUUAUCCCCUUAACUUCCUCAUUGUCUCUGAACUUAUUCCAAUAUUCUCCAUGUUUGUUAAAAGGUAUGGGUUAAAAAAAAUGGGAAUCUGCCUCGGUAGGAUUGUAUGGAAUAGCUUUUAUUUCACUCUGUAAGCCAAAGCCCCCCAUCUACCUCAGUCAUACCCCUCCCAGAGAGUCAUCAGGUAACAAUUCAAGUAUCUAUGAAGCAGUGCCAUGUGAUCUCUGCAUGCAGCCUCGGACAAGUUGGUCCAGUCACUAACAGGAGCACACAGCCCCAUCACAAGUUAACAGCUGCAGGAACUCAGAGAGACCUGGAAUCAUUGGCAAUUGAUGCAGUAGCACUGCCUCACAUCAGAUGAUCUUUGCAAACCUGGAGGCACAGAGCCACUCCCCAGGCCUACCCUUUGGGGCAAAUAAAUACCUGAAUGAACAGUCAUGCUGCUUUUACGUGCACAAGCAUGGACAGAGCUGGGGGAUGCAGUGUUCAUAAGGUGGUACCUGGGGCAUUCCCCAUAAGGUGAAGAUGAAAAUACUGUGAGAAGGCAGCAAGAAGAAGGAAGCAAGCAUAAGAACAGAGCCUCGAUCAUUCCAUUUCUAAGUAGGGGUAAAAACCUAAGCAACAUCUUCCUUUACUCACAUUUAAGGCAGCUGCCUCUACCAAACUUUCCAAAAUACAGUUGCACUUUGGAUAGCAUUCAAAGCAGACUUGAGUGCCAUGGUGCAACCCAUACACUUCAGCUGUACAAUACCCCUGAUCACGCUGCAUCCCUGCUAACUAGAUAUGGCAGCUCCUUGCUAACACACAACUAUCCUAUGUAAGACAGAGAGCCAAGACACUCAGACCAGGCUUCCACAUUCUGCUCUCAGAACAGAACACCUUUACUGAGUAUCCUAAUGGGGCAGGGAAUGUCAUCUUUCCAGAAUUAUAAGCCUCUCCAUUAUGCAGAGCAGGAAAGGAUACUCCAGGUGUUUGUUUUAGAGCUAGGUAAGCAGAGCAUUAUGCAAACAGUUGACCUGGUUAAGCAUCUUUUUCAAGCAUAAGCACUGUUUCCUGUUUGUUGUUGCAUUUCAUUUCAUUUAUAACUUUAUAUAUAGAGGUUAGGCUGUAGUUCCUUGAAUCACAGAGAGCAUCCCAAAGUGCCUGCUUUCCGUGGACAAAGACCAUUUCCCUUAACUUCCUACAAGGUGGGAAAGGUGGCACUGGAUGUGUAUUUGGCAGCAGAAAAUAUCACUGAGAAAUACACUUCUGCUGUGCAGGGGAGAAAAAGUAAAGAAGGUUCAUACAAAAGUAGGAACUGUCUGCAAACUGUCAUGUUGACAAACAAUCAGUAACAGCAGAAACCAAAAUAGAGCAAAGCAAAGCAGUAACAUGCAAGAGGAUCUUGAAGCAAGUGUGAGCCCAUAUGCAGUUCAUAACCUGAUAAGGAGGAAAAGGCUGUUUCCUCCCAAAUAGGAGAUCAAAAACCCAUAAAAGCUACUUCCCUCUUUCAAAGCCCCAAAUGCCUAACGUUAAGCUAAAUGCUAAGUAAGGGAGUUAAGUCAGAGAAGGCCACAUUCCUUUUGGGGGUGGUGGUGCAACAGGGACACUUUGAACACAUCUUAAGCCAUAGCUCUCAGCAGCCAAAAGCUGCCUUUGUACUGUUGGUACAGGAAAUCCAUAAGGACACCACACACCCAGCACUUUUUGUUUUUCUUCCUAAUGAAAUGUUUUUUGACUUCUGUGUGGCUGAUGAAGUACCCAAAGCAUAUAGUUAGGGAUCACCUGCAUUUCAUUUUGACUUUGAGAUUACAGAAACUACACCGUGCAAAACAGCGCUCCAUACUGCCUGCGUGAAUUUAGUUCACUUGUUAGUUCUUCUUGCACCACUCUGAGUUACUGUGUGUGUAGCUGAACCGCAGGAGAAAAAAAGAAACCCUGGAACAGUUCUGCCUCAUGUUGCAGAGACUGAGGCAGCACACUGAGCUAGGAUCUACUACACAGUACUAAAUAAACAGCAGCAUCAAGCACCCAUUAAUACUAAGGUCUUGCUGCUAAUAAGAACACUUGCAGUGUGGUUCUGCAUCAGCUGCCAGGAGGACAUGCUAUAUCUAAAAUAACAGUAGUGACAGUCUGUUUUCUUCUCUGUGGUUCAGCUGUUAGUGAACUUCUGACAUAAUACUGUAAAGUGAGGGAUCCUUCACAGUGUGGUUACAAGACCCCCUUUACCACCUCCUUGCUCCCAUCUCCCCACUGUCAUUAUCCUUAAUCUAUACUACACACAUAGCCACAUCCUCUAAGCUUGUCCAGAAAGGUUCUUCUGCUGCUUUUCUCCACGGUACUGAAGUGUCAGCCCUCAGGCCCUUAAAACUGAAGGUUGGGUCCCAUCUUCCUCAUUUCAAUGCCCUUCACACCACAGUACUUCCCCCGUCUCCCCCCAUUCAGCUAGAAACUGAGUUACAGGCACGUGGUAAAAUGUGCAGCCACAGAGAUGGAAGGUGUGCAACACAGCCAACACAGAAGGGACUGCUAGUGAUACUAAGGGCAGCUGGCAUUACCACAAGCCAAGAAGAACCACAUUAGCCUCUGACAAGCUCCAAGCCACAUGCAGGCUUCACUCAGAGUUUGUUCUACAGUCAUUUCCACAGAUAGAAAAAACACAGAAGGUUAGAGCUUCUUAAACAGGAGAAAAUAGGUGUGUUACUUCAGCCAACACAUGUUCCUGAAGGCAGCUGAACUUUUUGUUUGUUUUUGUUAAGAAUUCAUCCUCAAGCAAACAUUGACUGUGGAAAUUUUCUAGUCCAACACUUAAGUUUAGCAACAUCUUAAGCAAAUGAGAGCAGGUUGUUACAAUGGAAACUGUUAGGCAGUUUUAGCUUUUGGCAUUUCUACUAGUCCUGCCCAAGAUAUCUAAGCACAUGCCUUAUUUACAAAGCACUUUAGAAAGAAGCCUUCAAGUUAUAUUUAUUAAUUCUGAUCAUGUGUGCUUGCAAAAGUCAAUUUACAGCCAGGGAACUAGUCUAAAUUGACCUCAAGUCAGUAAUUCUUUUCACAAGGUACAAUCUUCAGGGUUUCCUUUUUGCAAAAUGUUUCCAGAAUUUGAAACACUGCUUCAAUUUCAGCAAGCUGUCUUUGUGUACCUCACCAGCAAGUGCUGCGCAAACGUGAAGCCACUCAGCUGAAAUUUGUCAUUGAAAGAGAACCAGCUCUUUUUAUUUUUAAAAGACAAAGGUACAAAAGUCAACUCUAAAAAUCAGAUUCUUAAAACAGGUAGUAUACUCAAUAAAUCAAAUGAAAUCUUUUCUUGACCUGACGUGGCUGAAGCGUAUCAUACAUCACCAACCCCUCGGAAUUGUGUCAAAGCCACGGGUGAGAUACUUUACCUGAUCUGCUACUCUGUAGACUUCCUGCCUUUUGCUGCAGUCACAGAUGUAGGAAUGUAUUCUUACUGCUCCAUUUUCUUCAGCCAGUCUAAGCGUCUCCUUGAGUCCAUCUUGAUUAAUGUCCCAAAGAACCAGCGUGGCUCCAAGUUUGGCAAAUUUUAAGGAUAAGAGUCUUCCAAUUCCACUUCCUGCUCCCGUUAUUAAUACUAUUUCACCACUCACAUUCUUCUUACGUUUAGGCACAAACAAAAACACUAG